UGUGCGUGCAGAGGUUCUGUCAGAGUUGUCAACCUUCCAGAUCUCACCACAGUCGUCAUACCAGGCAUUCCUUCAUGUGUUCACCUUACUUACACACACACACACACACACACAGACACACACACACACAGACAGACAGACAGACAGACACACACACACACUCUCGCAGCACUUUUGGAGAAUUCCUCGCGGUCGGCCAGCGUGAACUUGAUGUGGGAAACGCAGACUCGUAUGUCCGUCGACAUUCCUGUUUGUGUAGUUGUGAUUCUGCCGUCAUGUUGUUUAUUAUCGACCCGCUGCAGUUCUGACCCUGUAAUCACGGCUCUGUGAUGGAGUUCUGAUGACCAACAUGGUGAUUUUGGGUCUAUGUUUGGGAGGUUUGUGUGUGUGUGUGUGUGUGUUGUUUCUUCUUCUGGACUGUCGUGUGAGAACUCAGUUUCAUGAGGACGCCGACGACAUUCUCACAGUAAUUAGUCUCUAAUUAGUCUGUCGUCCAGUUUUGGAACUUUAUAUGUAAAUAAGCUUUUUGACCCUGAAACAAUAAAUCACACUUGAUGGUUAAACACUGUGCGUUAUGCAAACUGUAUUUUAUUUCCUAAUAAAACAGAUUUGAAGCUUCAUGGUCGAGUUAUCGGCUGUACGAGCUGUUUGAUCAGAGAUGUGACGACGUGAACGUUACACAGAAACACAUAAGUGCACCUGUUCUCCUGCUGUGUUCUCUCACAAAACAAAUAUUAAAAACACAGGAGGCGGGAUUCUUAUCAGCAACUUGCAGCUGUAAAUAUUACAUGUUGUUAUUCUGCUUGAGCCCCACAGCAAGUGGGACAACAGCGCCUCCAUGUGGUGGGUUCAGGUAAACUUCUCAAACCUGGAGAGCAUCUCACUGCUCCGUGUCCAGACACGCUGACAAAGUGAUAAUUAAAUAAUAAAUACUCUUGAUUAUAGUUUAGAUUUUAGAAAUGCAGCCUGAUAUUUCAAAGACUAAACAACUCUGAUAAAUCUUACUUGCCACCAUGAAUCAGCCUUGUUUUAAACUUCACCUUUUCUCUCUCGUCUUGCUUCAUCAUCUGCAGCUCUGAGUCUCCCUCGGCGUGACGAUGGCCGACAGCUCACACUGUUUCUACUGUCGGGAGGACCUCGGGGGAAAGAGGUUCGUCCGCAACGAAGGCAAGCCGGUGUGCGUCCGCUGCCACACCAAGUUCUGCGCCAACACCUGCGCCGAGUGUCAUCGACCCAUCCCUGUGGAAUCAAAGGAGCUCAGCCAUAAAGGCCGGUUCUGGCACGAGGAGUGCUUCCGUUGUGCGAAGUGUUACAAGCCUCUGGCCAAAGAGCCCUUCAGCACCAAGGAUGAUCGCAUCAUGUGUGGGAAGUGCUGCUCCAAGGAGGACGCUCCACGCUGCCACGGCUGCUAUAAACCCAUCCUGGCUGGCACAGAGAGUGUGGAGUACAAAGGCAACUCGUGGCACGACGAGUGCUUCACUUGUUACCACUGUAAACGACCAAUAGGAUCGCAGAGUUUCCUCUCCAAAGGAACUGAUGUGUACUGCAGCCCCUGCUACGACAAGAAGUUCGCCAAACACUGCGUCAGCUGCAAAAAGCCUAUAACCUCUGGAGGAGUGAACUACCAGGAUCAGCCUUGGCACAGCCACUGUUUCGUGUGCAGCUCCUGCUCGAUGCCUCUGGCAGGGACGAGUUUCACCAACCACCAGGACCAGGUCUUCUGCGUCGACUGCUACAAGACCUCUGUGGCCAAGAAAUGCAGCGGCUGCCAGAAGCCCAUCACAGGUUUCGGUAAAGGAGUGAACGUGGUGAACUACGAGGGCAGCUCCUGGCACGAGUACUGCUUCAACUGUAAGAGAUGCUCCCUCAGUCUGUCCAACAAGCGCUUCGUAACCAAGGGCAACGACAUCCUCUGCACCACCUGCAGUGACAAGUAGCGACGGAGCGCCUGCACACUGUCUAACAGCGGUUUAUACAAUAUCGCCAUUAUUUUUAUUUGUUUGGUUUUUACAUAAAGGAAAAUGUUCAACAUUCUGUUUGAUAUCUGGGCGAUUACCCGAGAAGUGAUGGAACAUCGGGACCUAAAUGUAGUUUGUGUUCAUGGUUGAUUGUUUGCUGAGUGACGGUAAUGAAAUCAGGUAGAAGGACAAGUAUGAAAACAAAGUUUGUGUUUUAUAAAGUCGCGUUUUGAACCGCCGAUUCUCCGUUAAAGCAAAUGAGCAGUGGAAGAAAACAGCAAGAGACUUUUUUUUAAAAAAUGAGCUGAUGGUUUUAAGAUUCAUCACUUUUAUUCAACACAGCUUUAUGCUACAGUGUUAGCAUGAAGCUAAAGCCUGGACUGUCAAAGUUAAAAUCAGUGUUUGUGUUUCAGUUAAGUGACAUAAAUUACAAAUUAAAACAUGAAUUAGUCUUUUUGAUUGUAUUUUUGUAAAGCUCAAAUAUAAAACCAUUAAUGCCUUUGUUUUUCUGUGUUUUGUGUUUUUAUAACCAAAUUUGUAUCUAUAUUUGUAAUUGCUAAUUGCCAAAUAAUUACGAUUUUUAUUAUAUGUGUCAAGUAAAAAAACUUAUGCACUUUUCUUAAUCAUCUUCCCUCCAAAACAGAGGAGAUAUAAAUAUUAAAUUGGACUCUAUACAAACUGUUUAGUGUGCUCUUAAAGUGAAAUAAACUUUCUACAAAACUGA